CAUUUCGAUUUCAACGCAAAUCUGGGAUUUUGUCAAAAGUUUAGGUUAUGCGGAAUGAUUUUGUGUAAAUUAAUUACUACUCAACUUAUAUCUAACUGUCUCUAAGAUUAAUUUUGUUUUAUUCAUAUUAACUUGCAAUAUUUCUUACCAUGCAGUGUUUAUAGUGUUCGAUUUCUUUGUAAUUAAAUAACUUUAAAUUAUGGAAACCGUCAAUAAUGAAACUCUCUUCAAGGACACUGAUCCAGAUGAUAAUAAUGACCUGCAGUCGAAAGUGGCCUCGCUGACGUCACGACUGGCCGCACAUGAAACCGAGAAGCAGCACAUGCGGGACGAGUUCGGUCUGCAGCGAGCCAAAAUGAAGGAGCUUUUCCUCCAGAAAGAAGAGGAACUGAAACGGGGUUCGAGCGAGCACAACAAACUGGUCGAGGAGAUAGAGAGGUUGAAGGCUGAGCUGAAUGAGGCGAGGACGCAGGUCACAGUCACAAGGUUGGAUCUGGAGGCGCGACUCGAUGAACAGAAACAGCGCAACCAGGCUGAGAUCACCAGUCUACAGCAGCUUGUCAGUGACACACUGGAAGAAUCAAGUCGCUACGACGAGGAAGUGAAACGUCUCCGCCGCGCCAACGAGCAGUUAGCUUGCGAGGUCAACGACCUCCGAUGCGGCGGCGGUGUUGCCGGUUCUCCGUUCCCGGGCGCCCGUGGCGCAGACUCCCCCGUCAACACGCCCCCGUCGAGCGGCACACAAGGCGUCAACCCCCAGCAGCUGCUUACUGUGCCCGGUGCUAUGAUCUCAACACUGGCUCGCAAAGUUGCCAGUCAGCUGGGGGCUGCGGACAGUGUGACGUCAUCGUUAGGGGGCGGUGGAGGGGGAGCUGUGAUGACGUCACCGGCUGGGGUGAUGACGUCACAACCGGCUCCUCCACCCGCCUCGGGGCCCGAUAGCUUGGAGGAGUCCAUGCGGAAGGCCCAAGAGGAUGCAGACGUGCUGAGAUCGCUGGUGAUUCCUUUGGAAGAGGAGAUCAGUGCUCUUAAGGAUAAACUGAGAACAGCUGAUCAGCAGCUCAGGCAAUAUCAAGGACUUCGUGACAACGAUGAGCUUAUCCAUUUAGACUCAAGUGAGAAUUCAACAUCACAAAAUCAGACUGAACUAUUAUCACCAAAUAAACAUAGUGAAUCGAGAAUGAGAAAAGAAUCGUCAGAUUCAUCGCUUAAUAGGAAAGUAUGCGACAUGUGCGCGAACUACGAGAACCAGCUGGUGACGUCACAGCAACGCAGCAAGGAGCUGGAGAAGCAGCUGAUUGGGCUGGAGCGGUGUCGGGAGGAGCUGGCCAAGGAGACAAGCAUCAGGAAGGAUAUGGAGCAGAAGUGGAACGAACGAAAGGAGGAGCACAAGGCUGAGGUGUGUGAACUACAACAACGUGCCAAAGAGGCGGAAGAGUGCGUGCGGGAGUUGAAACAGCUGUUUGAGCAGGUGAAGACAGCUGCCAUGGAUGACCUCAGCCGGCUCAGUGGGGAGAGGCACACUGUUCAAUUACAACUUGAUAGGUUACAAAUGGAGAAUGAAGACUUGAUAGGUAAAAGGAACGCCAACGCUAGGAAACUCGAAGAAGAGGUCAUUGACCUUCCAAACAAUGUCGAGGAUCUGCAAGAGUUGACGCUGAAGUUCAGAGAGGACCUGAUAGCGGCCAGGGUGGGACAGGAGGCCGCCGAACAGGAAGUGGGGAAGCUGAGGGAGAAACUGCAAUACGAGGUCCACAACCGACAGGCAUCGGAAGCUUCCUACAGCCACGACUUGGAGAGUCUCAAGGCGAAACUGUUCAAAGUAGAAACAGACCUGCAGGAACAACAUCGGCAAGCCAGAGACAAGUCGCUGGAAGAGCUAAGACAGGAGUUGACAACGGUGCGCGCUGUGAAGGCCAAACAGGAGGAGACAAUCUCGGAGCUGAAGAGUCGCGUGUCGUCUCUGCAGACCGAACUGAAGAACAGUGAGAUCGUGCAACAGGACUUUGUCAGGCUGUCACAGUCGUUGCAGACUGAGCUCGAGAGGAUACGCAACUCACACACUGAGCUGAGGUGGGAGCACGAAGAUGACAUCGAACAAUGUCCCGGCUGUCACUUCAACUUUGCACAGAACUUCUCGACAAAUUCCAGAAAAAAGGUGCACUGCCUGCACUGCGGUCGUGUAUUCUGUGUGGUGUGUCUGUCGCAUACGGUGCUGAGUGGCCCGAAGCAGAGGCCGAACAAAGUGUGCGAUGUCUGUCAUACGCUUUUGGAACAGUACACGGCACCCUAUUUCAGCACCGAACCACCGCAUUCGCAAAACAACUAGUUGUCAAACAGUUGCUAACCGGUCGCCAAAUAGUUGCAAACCGGUCGCCAAAUAGUUGCAAAUAAGUUGUCAACCAGUUGCGAUGUCUGUCAUUCACUGUUGGAACAGCAUACAGCGCCUUAUUUCAGCACUGACCACCGUAUUAACCCAACAACUAGUUGUUAGACGGUUGUCAAAGAGUUGCUAAAUAGUUGCCAACCAGUUGCUUGUUGAAAAGAUUAGAUGUCAGCCGUCGCUAAAACGUUGCGAGUUGAAGAAAA